AUGGUGAAGGAAUCAGAGCUGAUCUUGAGGUCUCUGAUGCCACUGUUGUUGCAACAUAUGUUUGGUUCUCGCAAUUCAAUCCCUGAUGAGCUUCAGAAAUUGGUCGAGGUCGAGGUCGAGACGGGGAUGAUUGAUGGUGAAAUGGAUGCCAUUUCUUCUUGCAGCCUGUUCUCAAACUUCUUGUUUGCAAAUGCUGGAUAUGGCGUAUUUGGAUUGACAUGA